CCUCGCCGGCCGCGCAAUGACCCGCUCCUCCUCCCCCAGCCCACCGCCAGCUGCGUGCCACCUCCAGAUCACAACUGUUGCCACCACCGCCGCAAACAACUCCGACAAUCCCUCCUCCCCCGUCGCCCACGCCCAGUCCUCCUCCUCCCGCGUCGCCGGAGCCGCCGCCGGGUCCGGGCAGAACCAGGCCUGCGCGGCCUGCAAGUACCAGCGCCGCAAGUGCAACCCGGACUGCCCGCUCGCUCCCUACUUCCCCGCCGACCAGCAGCGCCGCUUCCUCAACGCGCACCGCCUCUUCGGCGUCGGCCACAUCCAGGCCACGCUCCGGGAGACCCCGCCCGACCUGCACACCGACGCCAUGCGCGCGCUCAUCUUCCAGGCCGAGGCCCGAGCCUGCGACCCCGUCGGGGGCUGCUGCCGCAUCAUCCUCGACUACGAGAACCAUCUCCUCGCCGCACAGGCCGAGCUCGCCGCGCUCCUAAGCCACCUCGAUCUCUGCCGCCACCAGGCCGCCGCCGCCGCCAUCGCCCAGGACGCGUACGUCGACGACCCAGGGAUGCAGCUGCUUGCCCCCGGGCCCAACCCGGCCGAUGUCCACGACGUGCUCUACGCCGGCCACGAGAUCAACAACGCCCAGGCUAACCACCACGAUCACGAUCAUUACCUCGUCGGCGCCGCAGACCAGGUACAGCCGCAGAAGCACCAGCCGCCUUACGACUACUUCUACUACGACGGGCCGGCGGCCGGCGACGAGAGCAGCAGCCACGCUUGGGGCAAUGCCGGCAACGUGCAUGUGCAUCAACAGUACGGGAAUGGCGUCAAGGCCGAAUCUCCGGUGGCGCUCGGCGUCCAGAUCGAGACGCAGUUUGUCAACGCCUUCGACGUGAAGCCGGAGAUAGCAGCGGCAGGAGCCGUCGUCAUGGAACACGACGCCGGCAGUGGAGCCAGCUUCGAAGACCACCACCUAGAGCAGAAGGUGGCGGCCACCGUGGUGAAAAAUGAGUUGAUUGACCACCAUGCGGCGGCGCACAUGGCAGCAGAGUCAUCUUCGCGCUGCCAGCUUGAGCUAGGGUUCUCUUCCUUCUAAUGCAUGGUAGAUUUCAUCCAUCCAUGACCAUGCAUGCAAAAGGUUGGAACCUUCUGGGCGAGAGGCACAGCCUCUGUUCUUCACUGCAUCCAACAUGGUUAAUUAAGAAAUGCUUCUUCUCUGUUGCAUUUCUCAAUUUAGUUCCACGUAGUCUUAGUGUUAGUUAAUUAAGCUAGCCAAUAAUCCUUAGCCUUAGGUCACACAUUAGUUACAAUAAUCUUCCUCACCAUUGGUUGUGCGAGGAAGUACUCCGUCCCAAAAUAAGUGUCUCAAUUUUGUACUAUCUUUAGUAUAAAGUUAUACUAAGUU